CCGAAUGUCUGUCUAAUGUCUGACUAUCAAACUAACUUCACCGCGGUACAUACACGCACUUCUGUUAUGACGAGAUACAUUUGUUUAAAGAUAACACGCUGCACGCCAAUGUCAGCUAAUUCCUUCAUUAUGCUGAAAAGCCAGUGUGUACAUGCAAAUAUUUACAUGUAUACAGGACAAAACGCGCAUUAAAAGGUUUAUAAAGACAAGAACACCCGGAACUUCCGAAAAAAAAACCCAGACCCUAACCUGACUUAUAGGAAAACAUCGACAUAGACGGAGCAGAAGGACUUCCACUGAAACGAAACUGGAAAUGAUCCUGGACUUUACAAAACCAUGCGGUCCCACGCUCUCUGUCUCUCUCUUCCACUGUCUGCGAGACAAAGACGGGAGAGAGGAUUAGAGCCUUCACAGCACUGAACAUACAGUAUGAGUGAUUAUACACUACAGGAGGACAUUUUCAUACAAAUCUCCAGCAGCUCUUAAACAUCAUGAACUCCCUACUAUAUAUAGGCAUCAUGUGGUUUGCGAGUGUAGCAGACUGUCAGAUAUCAGCUCGAGUGGGUUCCACAGUUAUCCUGCCGUGUGAGUGGAGGAACGUCUCCGUCCAAAUACCUCAUGUUCAGUGGAGCACGGUUUCUGAGACUGUGUUUGAGAGAAAGGGUGUGGAGCUGUACGAGGGUGAAGGAUAUAUGGGCCGUGUUGAUGUUCCUCAAGACAAGCUGCUUAAUGGAAACUGUUCUCUGGUGCUGAAGAACGUCAGACUCACUGAUGCAGGAACCUACGAGAGCUACCUGUCUGUGAGGCGUGUGAAGAGAUCCAGAUUUACAAAAUGGGUUUUAGUCCAGCAAGUCAAGCUCUCAGUUGAUGAAACACCUGAAGAGACUUUACAGGACAUUUCAGCUACCAGAGAAACGCCUGAGAAAAAUGUUAUCGUGUGGAUAACUGAUGAUGCAAGAGUGAAUUGUCCUGGACCUCAGAUCAUUCUCCUUUCUCUUCUUGCAUGUUUGUGUCCUUCACUUUUGAGUAGAUGUAACGUCUGGGACCCCGCCCUAUGCGGGGCUCGAACCCAGACGCCCGUGGUGUGUGUGCACACGCCAGCACACAGUAGAAUGAGACCCAUGCGCAGGAUUCAGCGAAGCACUGCUUUUAUUACAGUUAAGCCACGACAUAGGGAAACAAACGUAACAUGAGACAUGGCGUGGUUAACUAAACAAAACAAAGAUCUUAGCUUGGACAUAAAACUUGACAAAACCCCAACAGAAACCACGGUACAGAUAACAAUCAUGGACAAGGACACAAACACAAGGAUCCCUAUUUAUAGGGGUAGACAUUAGGGCUAAUGGGAUACAGGUGACACAAUCAGGAUAGGAACAAUAGGAAGGGCGUAACAAGAGACACACAAAGAAGCAGGCUUCCAGGGUUCACCUGCCAGCGCCCUCUCUGGGCCUGGCAGGGAACUGUCCAGCUGUUCCUGAAAGUAGAAGCAUCAGAGGAGCAACGUAACAUAAGUUAUAUUUAUAAAUGUGAAAUCGGAGGAUGGUGUCAUGGACUCCUUCCAUAUCCGUAAAUGCUAUUGUAACAAUAUCCUUAUUGUACAGAUUUCAUACUGUUCGGUGCUGUCUUGUACUGUUUGCACUAUUUUGCAUGUUGAACUUUGUUCCAAUAAUAUUCAAUUAAAUUAAAGAUGGUAAUUAA